AUGACCACAUUACCACCUAUUCAACCGCGUCCAAUUUUCUGUAAAGCAGCAACAAACAAUGUACAAUCAUCAUCUGUUUUUCUUACUCACUCAUCGGCUCAGCCUUCAACUUUAACUAACACUAAUUUUCAUUCAACGAAUACUGAUUUCACAAACAAUAAUAAUUCUUCUUCACAAGCUCAUCUUCCUUCUUCGGCACCAUUAUCACCAUACGAAGAAUUUUUGAAGCGUCUUCGAGAGUUUCAUCGAUGUCGACAAACAACAUUUCGAUGUUUACCAACCAUCGCUGGACAAGUUGUUGAUUUACAAGCAUUAUACACAAGUGUUGUUACACAUGGUGGGUGGGAUAAAGUAAAUGAUCGACAUUUAUGGUCAUCUGUAGCGAAUAAUUUUGGAGUUGACUCAUCAUGUCUUAAUGGAACACAAGCUUUAAAAAAUAUUUAUAUUCGAUAUUUGUAUGCAUUUGAAAAAAUAAGUAACGGUGAAAAUAUAGAUUCACGUGAUAAUGAUGAUGAAGAUGCUAAACGACGUAAUGUUUCUCAAUUACAACGUGUACCACAAUCAUACAAUCAUGCUCAACAUGCUGUUUCUGAUUCAGUACGUGCUCAAUAUGGUCUUUUUCGUGAUUUUGUUCGUCGAAGUGAAUAUGAAAAAUUAGAAUUAGCAUUGAUGUGUGGCUUUCCAAAUGAAUUAACAUUUACAUUAAAUACUUUAGUAUUACUAUCAUCGACAACAAAUCAUAAUAUAUCAUUUCAUUUGCAUAAAUGUCCACGGUUAUUAGAUAUACUUUUUCGUCAUGUUGGUUUAUUUUUAUCAACUGAUAAUUCCAUUGACGAUCACUUUCUAAAAAUUCUAUAUGAUAAUAUUUGGUCAAAACAUUUAAACUAUCAUAUGGAACAAUUUUGGCUUGAUUCAUGUUCACCAGAAAUUGUUAAACAAUUAUUAAACAUUGAUACUAAUAAAAAUCAUAAAUAUUUAUAUAAUAACUUUAAUUUUAAUUCAAACGUUAAUCAACAACAACAAGAACUUCGUAUUGAACAAAUUUUAAUGAUAAUACGUAAUCUUUCAUUUGAUCGGGCAAACGCUAUUUAUUUACUGGAUACAAUCCAUUCAUCAUCAUCUAUAACGUAUAUUUUUUUAUUAUUAAUUUCAUAUUCUGAGAAAAAGGUUGAAUUACAAAAAUAUGCUUAUGAUAUAUGGAGUAAUUUAGCAUCAUAUAUGCAGUUACGUUUAAUUAGUAAUGAUGAAGGAAGUUUUAUUCGACAAUUAAUAAAUGAUAUGUUAAAUGGAAAUGAAGAUAAUGGACAACAAGACCGUUUGAAAAUUAUUCGUGCACUUGAAAUUAUCGCUAAUUUAGCUCAUGCAGGAAAUGAUAAUGGAAUCUAUUUGAUUGAUUUUAUUAAUAUCAUUAUUGAAAGACUUAUUCAUGUAUCCGAUAUACUUAUUUUAGUGCAUACCCUUGAAUGUUUAUAUCAAUUAUCAGAGUUAGGUGAACAAUUGUGCAAUGCUAUACUUAAAGUGCAAUCAUCGUCAUCGAUAAUUACUACAUUAAUUGAUUUAUUAACAAUUGAAGCGCGAAGUUUUUCAUCACAAACAAUAAAAACAAUCAAAAUUGUUGAAAUUUCAGCAGGUCCAGUACUGCUUCCAUCUUAUCAUCAGCCACCAUUAACACCACAAACAUCAAAUGUAUCACAAUCUGUUGUUGUUAUUUCAUCAAAUCAACAACAACAACAACAGCAACAGCCAACAUAUGCCAUUGAAAAUACGGAAAUUAACAAAAGUUAUUAUAGUAGUAAUAAUAAACUUAUCGUACAGCAAUAUUCAAAACCGAUGACUGUUGCCAAUGUGAUUUCAUCAGGAAACCUUUUAACUGUUGCAACAUCAUCAACACAAAAUGCAUUAUCAUCAUCAACACCAAUCAUAGUCACAAACGCAAAUACACAGACGAAUCAAAUUAUUGAUAAAAAACGAAAACAUGAUUCUAUUUCGGAAACUAUUGCUGCUGUUGUUAAUGGUAGUUUAUCAUCUCCAUUUCAAUCAUCAUCAUCAUCAACAACUCCUCCACCACCAAAACGCUCACGUCCAUCUCGUUCACGUUCUAGUGCAACAAAGGCAGGUGUGACUAUUAUGCCGACAACAUCGUCUCGACUUGUUCCGUCAUCAACAAUCGACGAUGAUACAAGCAGUAUGGAGAGUAAUAGUACAAGUAACAGUAUUCAUUCGACAAUGGCUGAUUUACUUGAUCGAUGUUCAUCCCCACCGUCGGUAACAAGUAAAUUCGAUAGUGAUAUUCGUUCUUGUUUGAAUGAUUUAUGUUAUCGUAUUGCUUUAACUAUGGACGAACCAUUAUCAUCAACAUCAAUAGUUUAUAAUCCGAUACCAUCACCCGUAUUUAAACGUAAAAUUGAAGAACAAUCACCAUCAAAUAAAAACCUAAUUAAUCAUGCUGAAGAACAAACACCGAAAAAAAAGCGUAAUCGACCAUCAACAAAAAAAUCUUCGUCAGAUGUUACAAAUGUAUCAAUGACAAUAACUAAGAAAGAAGAACCAAUCGAACAAGAAAUACCUGAUAUUAAAUUAAAUAUUUCAACAUCAAAUAUAAUUACGCCAUCCAUUACAAGCAAUUCAUCUGAUUAUAUUUGUGCAUGGGAUAACUGUCGAAAAUCUUUUUCUAAUGCAAGAGCUGUUUUUCAUCAUGCAUGCUCGGUUCAUGUUAAAUGUUCAACUGAUUAUGUCUGUUUAUGGUAUGGAUGUGAUCGAAUAAAACGACAAAAAUGGGCUUUAAUUAGUCAUAUUCAAGAACGUCAUUGCUCGGAGGUUGCCUUUCGACAAGCAAAAAUGAAAUCAACUAAUGCUACUUCAUCAACAGUUAUCCAUACAAGUACAAUACCAUCGACGAACUCCGUAAACUACAAUACAUCAGGACCAGGAACUAUUGGAUAUGCACCUGAUGCUGCUUGGCUUGCUGUUCGUCGUCACAUGCAAAUGAAUUCUUUCGAUGAUUUAUCGAUAAAAAGUAAAGAAGGUCCAUUGACAAAAAGUAUUCGACUUACAGCUGCACUUAUUUUACGUAACAUUGCGCGACAUUCAUCCAUUGGAAAACAAAAUCUUCGUCAAUAUGAACAACAUCUUGCAAAUUUAGCUCUUGAACCGUCAGAAGCAUCAAAUAUACUUAGUUCAUGCUUAUUUGAACUUUACAAUUGA